AUGGCUGCAGGCGAGGAGGAGGAGCAGGAGGCGACCAGUUCAGUCGCCCCUCUGCUCGCCAAGAGGUUCAUCUGCUCCUUUCCGAGCUGCAGCGCCAACUACAACAAGGCCUGGAAGCUAGACGCCCAUUUGUGCAAGCACACCGGGGAGAGACCAUUCGUCUGUGAGCAUGAAGGCUGUGGCAGAGCCUUCAUCCGCGACUAUCACCUGUCCCGCCAUUCUCUCACGCACAGCGGCGAGAAGCCGUUCACGUGUGCGGCCACUGGCUGCGGCCAGAAGUUCACCACCAAGUCAAACCUGAAGAAGCACGUGGGACGCAAGCACGAGAACCAAGCCAAGCGAUACCCGUGCGACUUCGAAGGCUGUGACAAGUCUUUUAAGAAGCACCAACAGCUAAAAAUUCACCAGUGCCAACAUACCAAGGAGCCGCUAUUCCAGUGCCACCACGAAGGGUGCGGAAAACACUUUGCUUUCCCCGGCGGUCUGAAGCGCCAUGAGAAGAUGCACGCAGGGUACUCCUGCAGAAAGGGGUGUUCCUUUGUGGCCAAAACAUGGACAGAACUCCUGAAACACAUGAACGAGAGCCAUAAGGAACGUCUAGAGUGUGAAACAUGCGGCAGGGCAUUUAAGCGCAAAGAUUACCUUAAGCAGCACGAGAAGACUCACCAGGCAGAAAGGGAAGUGUGCCGCUGCCCGAGGGAAGGCUGCGGGAGAACCUACACAACCGUGUUUAACCUCCAGAGCCACAUUCUUUCGUUUCACGAGGAGCUGCGACCGUUUCCGUGUGAAUACCCCGGCUGCGGGAAAAGGUUUGCGAUGAAACAGAGUCUCACUCGGCACGCCGUGGCACAUGAUCCCAACAGGAGGAAUCCGAAGAGCCAAGUGAAGCGACCUCGGAGCAAGCGGACGCUGGCUUCUCGCCUCAGUGGGUACAUCCCUCCCCGCUCCGGACCCGGAGGCGACGUCGAGGCCCUUCUGCCUGGAAGUGACCCGGGGCUGCCCGGCGGCGAAGUCAACACGUUCCCGACUGUGGCGACCUUGACCCUGGGCGAGUGAGCCCGCGAGCGGGCCCGG